AUGAAGAAUAAUCGCCCUUAUUUUGACGUUCCGGAUGAGAUCUACAAUCAACAACUUCAACGUUUUAAAUUUUCGCUCCAUGCGCGAUUAUUGUUACAAAAAGGCGAUUCUCCGCGCUUUGCAGAUGAUAUCAAGAAUGAAUUGCAAGCCUUUUGGGCUGUCUCGGCGCCGUGGCAAGUUGUGCCGCUGGGUAAAGGCUUUUUUACGCUUAGAUUUUCGGGGGAAAGUGAUUUGAUGCAGGCAAAAUCUAAAGCUUUUUGGAAGUUAAAGUUGGGUAUCUUGAAGAUUCGAGAAUGGACGCUGCUUUUCAAUCCCUAUAAGGAAACGGUCUCGCACUCGCAGGUUUGGCUGUGUAUCUAUUAUCUCCCACAUGAGCUGUGGCAUCCUGAUCUCAUUACUGGAAUUUCUCGUUCGGUGGGCACACCAAUCAAAAUUGAUGGCUCGACCUUCCUGGGCGCGGUGGGCCAUUUCGCAAGGGUUCUCAUCGAGAUGGAUGUCACAAAAGAUAUUAUUUACAACCUGACUGUUAACAGAGGUUCCUCUUCUUUUGAGAUUGAGUUUGUUUAUGAAAACUUGCCAUACUAUUGUGGUGUUUGCAGGAAAGUGGGUCACUCUUCAGAUAAUUGUCGGCAAAAUGCUUUGGGGAAGAAUGAGAUGCCGAUAAAUAGUGAAAAAAAGGAGCUGAGCUGCAUAAAAUGGGGAAAUUCAUGA